GCUUUUGAUUUCCAAAAACACGAGGUGCACCUCUUUCAAAACUCUACCACCAAAUCAAGCCUAAAGCAAAACAAAGUCAAAGUGACUUGUAGGAUUACAAAACAACUUUCCAAGUGCAUAGUGUGAAGUGAAGUUUAUCAAGGCAGGAAGAAGAAGGAGGUCUGAAAGUGGGGGAUCUGCGGCUAUGACAGCACUGUCCAACUCCAACGAUACGGCCAUAACCUUGGAAGAAUGGAAUGGCUCUUCCACCUCCAAGCUCUCUAAGACUUUCACCAUCCAAGCUUCCUCUUCCUCUGUCUCCUUUAAAAGAUCCGGUGCCCGUUUCACCCAUCUUUGGAGACGAUUAUUGCAGGCAUUAGUUCCUGAGGGUUUUCCUAGCAGUGUGACUGCAGAUUAUGUUCCCUUUCAAAUAUGGGAUACAUUGCAGGGUCUUUCAACUUAUACAAGGACCAUGCUGUCUACCCAGGCUCUCCUUAGUGCUAUUGGGGUUGGCGAGAAAUCAGCUACUGUGAUUGGUGCCACUUUUCAGUGGUUUUUGAGGGAUCUAACCGGCAUGCUUGGAGGUAUCUUAUUCACAUUCUACCAGGGAUCAAAUCUUGAUAGUAAUGCCAAAAUGUGGCGUUUGGCUGCAGAUCUUAUGAACGAUCUUGAAUGGACCUUAUUUCGCCACUGUUUCCGUCAGCUUUUGUGAUUAUUGUUUGCCUAGGAAGCAUAUCAAGAUCAUUCACUGGUGUUGCAAGUGGAGCCACUAGAGCCGCUUUGACGCAGCAUUUUGCGCUUCAGGAUAAUGCGGCAGAUAUAUCUGCUAAGGAAGGGAGUCAAGAAACAGUGGCCACAAUGAUUGGCAUGGCAUUGGGCAUGCUUGUUGCUCGCAUCACCAUAGGACACCCACUAGCCAUUUGGGUUUGUUUUUUGUCCCUAACCCUGUUCCAUAUGUAUGCGAACUACCAAGCUGUGCGGUGCCUAGCAUUGACCUCAUUAAAUCCUGAAAGAACCACUAUUCAUUUGCAGCAUUUCAUGAAGACAGGCAAAGUUCUGUCACCUGAACAAGUCUCUGCAAAGGAACAUGUUUUACCUCUUAAUCUCACUGUAUGGAGCUCAAAGAAUGCUGAUUUGCUGUAUACAAAAGUACAUUUAGGUACAAGGGUUUCAUCAUUAGAUAACAUGGAAAUUAAGGAGAAUUUGCUUUCUGCAGCAUCUUACUAUGCAAAAGCCAAGUACUUACUAGUUGAAAGGAACGGAACUGUUAAUGUUAUUGUGCAUAAAGAUUCAAAUGCUGCUGACGUUCUGAAAUCAUUUGUUCAUGCUCUCAUUCUUGCAACGAAUGUCUCUGAGAGCAAAUCUUCGCAUUCAGACAGCCAAAUGUGGAUCGAUAAGCACUACAACGUGUUUAUUUACAAGCUCAAGUCAUUAGGCUGGAAAACAGAACGGCUUCUAUCACCUAUAAUAUGGAGGGCAAACUGGAUCUAUAAAGCAUCUGAAAAGAAAGCCGAUUAGGUUUCAGUACAUGAAUAUUGUUCUAGAGAAGGCGACUAGCAGCACCUUCGGACUGGAGAGUUGCUUGAAGUGGAGUUGAAUUAUGGUUGACAACUUUAGCAUGAUCUUUUAUAAGUUAUUUAUGAUUUCGCUGUGAUGCUAUGAAGAUAAAGAAAGCUUGACUAGUUGGUUGCAUUGCCCUUCCACCCAACCUAAUGAUCUGUGUAUUCAUUUUGGUUCCGAGCUAAUACACUCUUCCAUCAUUAAAUAUGGUGUUUGACGCAUCUAACGCGGAUGAUACAUUCCAGAUGUAUAUGUCAGCACAGUGUAUGAGCAAGAAGUUAGAACAAAUAAAGCAUCCUUUUAACAGAUGAAUAUUUAUGUAUAGAGAGCUUUUGUUUUAAGGAAAAUACAUGUUUCCUG